AUGGCUUCGUUUGAUGAUUUGGCCUUUGUGGGUUCGCCUCAGACUACAGCGGCUACGGCUAUGGAGCUCUUCUGUCGAGACUGUGACGAAGUGCCACAAGCCAUGACAAAUGACGGCAAGCGGUGCUUGGUCUGCGGCUGUGAGCUAGAGCUACAGCAGCCGACAUCAACGGAACAGAGCUCUCCUGGCUUUGUGUUGAACGGCUCUGAGAUGAAUGUGCAGGAGCUGCAGACUAUGGUGAUGCGUUUGCUGGAUCACAUUGGAGAAGAUUGGAACGGAGGGACCACGGGGGCGCGUCGACCGGCGUCUGACAAAGCUGUGAAAAAUUUGGGGUCUUUCGUUGCCGAUCAGGCAUCGACAAUUGAAGUGGCAGUCAUUGUGAAGGGCAUCAAGGGCGAGGUGAUCGCAAUUCCAGGAAACUUUGGGCCGUGCGAGCCACUUGAAGAGCGCAAUGUGAUCAUCGCGGAGCCGUUUGAUGGUGCCAAACCAUUUGAAAAUGCCAACGAGAUGAAGGAUAAGAUCGUGGUGAUGGCACGUGGUGGCUGCACAUUCGCGCGCAAGGUUCUCCGUGCACAAGCCGAGGGUGCUGCAGGCGUGAUCAUUAUCCAAACUGUCGAUGUGUGGCCAUACACAAUGACGGAUUCGACUGGUGAAAGCAAAGACGUGAAGAUUCCUGCGUUCAUGAUGAGUGCAAAGCAUGGCAAAGGCUUUAUCGAGUAUCUGCGUGGCAAAUGCAACGAGAGCGUUUUAGCCGACAUCGCCGUGCGAAAGGAUGCACGCGAGUGUGUUAUCUGUCAGGUGGAAAUGUCCAUUGGUAUGAAGGUCACGCGGAUGCCGUGCCAGCACAUGUUUCACACGGCAUGUCUGCACGAGUGGCUACGGAUUGGCAAUUCAUGUCCAAUUUGUCGCGUAGAGAUCGCUGCCAAACGCUCCACUUACAACAGUUCAUCAAGCUCUCAAAAUGCUCAACAACGUGGUGAUUUCGCAUGGAACGAGUGGUUUUCCUGA